GCCAGCCUACAGGUUGUCAUGGUAACCAGUAGAUAUAUCGUCUGCUAGAAGGCUAGUAAUAUAAUAGUAAUAUUAUAUUAAUAUAAAAAACAUAAAUAAUCAUGAGAUUCUGUUAGCAAAUUUAUCUGGAUUCAUUUAAUUAUUUAUGUUUGGAAAUUCUGAUUAUUAGGGAUCUUCCAACUAAUAAAUAAGCAAUUGAUUGAAUAUGGAACAGAACAAACAAAUUCAACCUAUCAUUGUUACAUUAGAGGCAGUGAAGCCAAAUUUAAUUCCAUAUUUACCAGAAAAUGAUGUAUUUAACAAGGAGCAAGAAACAUCGAUAAGAAAAUAUUUACAGUCCUUUUUGUCAAAUACAGGUCAUGGUUUAGACGAUGUGGGAACUAGAAAAUUAAUCUACGAGAUUGCCGUAUUAAAUAAUUUACCAAUUCCUCCUUCAUGGAAACAAAUAGAAAUGGCGUCGCGCGAUUGGCUUUUAGGAUAUCAAUUACGACAACAUUCUUUAGUGACGAUUGAAUAAACUAUUUUUUAAGUAGAAAAUUUUAAACGUAAAUAUUUUUCUUAAUUUAUCGCUUUUCAAUUCUAAAUUUUAAUCACGUCGUUGAGUAAAAAAAAUUGUGUUUUUGUGGGUAUAAUUGAAGGGUAGAAUGACAAAAGGGGUCAAGCGCCAAUUUAUCGAAAAUGAGGUUUUUGCAUAAAAAAAUCAAGAAAAUUCAUUUACACAUUUCUGUAGAAGGAUUUCCUUUUUUAUUGCGUAUUUAAAUCAGUUUUUCAUAAAAAUUAAAUUAAUAAAAUAGCCUCAAAUUUACUUUAUUGCAACCUGAUUGAAAAACAAAAGAAAGUGGGGAGUCAAUAAUAUUAUCAAAAUAAAAAAAAAUAUUAUUUUUUUAGGUUUUAUUUUAAUAUUUUAUUUUAAUUUUAUUUUAAUAAUAUUUUAAUUAAUAAAAUUAAUAAUAAUAAUAAUGUAUUUUCAAUUUUAAACAAUUUUAAAAUCAUUUUGUUAUUAAUUUUUAAAUAUUUUUAUGGUUAUACUAAAUGAACAAUUGAAUUUAAAGAUGAAAGUAUUGCUCAAUUCCAAAGCAAGCAAUUAAUUCUUAAUUUUCUUGAAAACAAACAAUUUUUUAAAGGAAUUUUUUUUUCUAUUCUUUUCGUCGAUUCCAUAGAAAGAAACUAAUUUUCCAGUUUUUCUUUAAACUGUAUAUUUUUUUUAUAAUUAAUGUUUAAAGAAAAUGUGCGCAGUUGAUAUAACCUCAAGGAACCACAGUUUUUUUUAAUUUUAUCGUUAAUAUGUAGGUUUAUUUCAACAAAUUGUUGUUUAUUUAUUAAAACAUACUAAUAUAUCGAAACGGUUUUCUCAGUUUUUUUUUAAAUGACCUGCAAAAUUUUUAAAAAUGUUUUUUUUACUUCCUGUAAAAACAGUGAAUUGGCGCUUGACCCCUUUUGUCAUUCUACCCUUCAAUUAUACCUCGUAUUUUCAAAAUUCAAAAUGGCGGAUCCAAUAUGGCGGACGCCUUUUGUAAAAAUGAUCAAUUUGCCUUAAAACAAGUUUCACAGUGAAUAUAAUCAAUUUUACAAAAGUCGUCUGACAUAUUGGAUCUGCCAUUUUGAAUUUUGAAAAUCUGACCUCAGAUU